ACUUUGUCUCUUCAGCGUCCUUUCUGGGUGAGGAAAGUGCUUUUUAUAGCUUGGGACUGCUUCUGUUUACUUGGUCUCUUCCAGCACCGGUUAAUCCCGCCUACAUCUAUGUCCUUCACUGUCCUUACGCUGUAUUCCUAGGUUCCUCCCUGUAAAAGACAACUCCACGAGGCCACAUGGUGUCUGUGAGUGCCAGCAAAGAAAUUGCACUCCCCUCCCUCUCCAAAUCCGCCUACCUGUCUAUAAAUAAUCGUUCUCCUUCUUCCCCUCGUGCCUGUGAGUAGUUUGGUCACUUAACUAAACCCAGAGAAACACACAUACGCUCACAAAGCUUUCAGGGAGGAGGGGACAACGUGAAUGACCUUGCAAAGGUAUCUAGCUCAGUGCGGACAGGAUUAGCAAACCCAAACCUCUACAUAUAUUUAUUGCCUCCCCCCUCCCUCCCCCCGCAUUCCUCCCGAAGCUCUCGUUCCUCUCACGCCGGCCUCGCCCAGUCCCUUCUCGGCUUGCUCCGCCAUACAAAGGCCAACCCGCCCAUCUCUUUGCGAAGCCGGAGAACUUCAGUCCCCAUGUUGAAGCUCGGCGGUGGCGGGCAGGACUGGGCAUGCUCAGUAGCGGGGACAGGUCUGGGAGGCGAGGAAGCCUCGUUUGAAGUCGCGCGACUGGGGCAGCGGGGGAAGGCGGGCUCUGGGGGCCCCGGCUGGGGGUGCGCGGGGAUCCCCAAUUCCGCGCCGGGAGCGGGCAUGCUCCAGGCGGGCGCCGGGGGGCCGGCGCUCGAGGGGCAGGGCGUGGAGGAGGUGGGAACGCCGGAGGGAGGAGGGGAGGAGCGCCCGGCUCGCCAUCCUCCAGCGCCGGCUCUGCGGCUGCUGAAUCGGAAGCCGCAAGGAGGAUCCGGGGAAAUAAAGACGCCCGAGAAUGACCUCCAGCGAGGCCGCCUGAGCCGGGGCCCGCGCGCCGCCCCACCAGCCUCUGGCAUGGGCGACCACGGCGGGCAGCCUGAGCGCUCGGCCCCGCACGCCCCGGGGACUCCCGCCGGCGUCGGCGCUGCAGCCGUGAACGGGCUGCUGCACAACGGGUUCCACCCGUCGCGCCUCUGCAGCCGGGGCCCCCCGGGCGGCGGCGACGCGGCACCCCCGCGCCUGCCGCUCCAGCCAGAGCUCCAGCCACAGCCGCCGCCCCCUCAGCACGACUCCCCCGCCAAGAAAUGCCGGCUGCGGAGGAGGAUGGACUCCGGCAGGAAGAACAGGCCGCCGUUCCCGUGGUUCGGCAUGGAUAUCGGUGGGACGCUGGUUAAAUUGGUCUACUUUGAGCCGAAGGAUAUUACAGCUGAAGAAGAGCAGGAGGAGGUGGAGAACCUAAAGAGCAUCAGGAAGUAUUUGACUUCUAACACGGCUUAUGGGAAAACCGGGAUCCGAGACGUCCACCUGGAACUGAAAAACUUGACCAUGUGUGGGCGGAAGGGGAACCUGCACUUCAUCCGCUUCCCCAGCUGCGCAAUGCACAAGUUCAUCCAGAUGGGCAGCGAGAAGAACUUCUCCAGCCUGCACACCACGCUCUGUGCCACGGGAGGUGGGGCUUUCAAGUUCGAAGAGGAUUUCAGAACGAUUGCUGACCUGCAACUCCACAAACUGGAUGAACUGGACUGUCUGAUUCAGGGCCUGCUUUACGUCGACUCCAUUGGGUUCAACGGCAAGCCGGAAUGUUACUACUUUGAAAAUCCCACCAAUCCCGAAUUGUGUCAGAAAAAGCCGUACUGCCUGGAUAACCCGUACCCUAUGUUGCUGGUGAACAUGGGCUCAGGUGUCAGCAUCCUAGCUGUGUACUCCAAGGACAACUAUAAAAGAGUUACAGGGACCAGUCUUGGAGGUGGAACAUUCCUAGGCCUUUGUUGCUUGCUGACUGGUUGUGAGACCUUUGAAGAAGCUCUGGAAAUGGCAGCCAAAGGCGACAGCACCAAUGUUGAUAAGCUGGUGAAGGACAUUUACGGAGGAGACUAUGAACGAUUUGGCCUUCAAGGAUCUGCGGUAGCAUCAAGCUUUGGCAACAUGAUGAGUAAGGAAAAGCGAGAUUCCAUCAGCAAGGAAGACCUCGCCCGAGCCACCCUCGUCACCAUCACCAACAACAUUGGCUCCAUCGCUCGGAUGUGUGCGCUGAAUGAGAAUAUUGAUAGGGUUGUGUUCGUUGGGAAUUUUCUCAGAAUCAAUAUGGUCUCCAUGAAGCUGCUAGCAUACGCCAUGGAUUUUUGGUCCAAAGGACAGCUAAAAGCUCUGUUUUUGGAACAUGAGGGUUACUUUGGAGCUGUCGGGGCACUGUUGGAACUGUUCAAAAUGCCUGAUGACCAGUAGAGAUGAGCCAUAGACAUGGAGCAGCCCUCUGUGAGGACAGGGACGCAAGCUCUGCUGCUGGAGAGGGUGAGAGCCACUGGGACGGAAGCCAAGCCAUUAUGGCAGAUGAACCUGCUGGAUUUGUACAUAAUUUAAAAUCCUUCUUGCUGAUCUUUUACUCUUGGGUUUUGAGCUUAUGAUUCAAAAUGGGGAAUACAAGAGUUUUUUCUGUAUACUGUAUUUUUAAAAAAAGAAAAACAUUUGUGCAGCGUGGCCAAACCUACCAAUUUUAUGCAUUGACUCUGAAAAAUUGAAUGAUGUUUAAAGAAGGACCUGAAAUGUAAGUGCUGGUUAUUUUUCUUCUGGGGUUUACUGAUCAGUGUGAUAAUUUUUAAUUUCAUUUAGUAAUGACUCUAGAAGAUUUUACCUUGACAUAUUUUUCAUGACGUUUCAUGAUUUGCUGUUGGUUUCAAAUGAAACUACAAAUCUGGCAUGUUUUACUGUGAACACUAUUUUGUUUGUUUGUUUACCUUUUUUUGGUCUCGUUUUUUCUGUUUGACUGUCUUAUGGAAAAAGAGAAUCCUUCCCCGUUUCUGUCCUCGGAUGACUCCCCUCCCCCCACCCCCGCAACACAUUCGUUCUUUAAUGUCCUUGUUCAUAUUAAUCAAGGUGCUGACCAACUCAAUACAAAGUUAAGCACGAGAUCUAAAGCUCUCAAAAGUGCCCUUGAAGAGAAAACUCUGAAGAAGUGUUCAUGAAUUUAGUGAGUCUAGCAAAAGUUGAAAAUGAUUAAUAUAUGCAAUUUUUUCAUCACCCUUAUGAAUAUAAAGUGUUGCAUUGAAUUUCUUUUAUGUUAGGUUAUAAUGUUACAUUGAAAUGUUCUCUGAUUAAAUGUCCUCAUCCAUGCAGAGCAUGUGAGUGGCAGCGAAUCCUGUGCAAGAUGCUGGAAUUUACAGGGAAAGUCCUCCUGGUAGAUAACUGUUCACACUGGGAUGUUUAGGAGAAGUCAUGGGUUGAGGUGUCAUGUAGUAAUAUCUGUGUUUUGUACAUGUACGUACCUAGGAGCUUUGUAACAAUGCAUCUUAAAAAAUAACAAACUUUUUUAUUUAAAAUAUUUUAGACUGAAAACUGUAUUUCAAUCCCACUUUCUAAAAUUUUAAAAAAAAAUUAUGAUACUGAUCUAUAUAUUUUUUUUCUGUUUGAAAGAUAUCAUUGGGACUGAUGGGUAACUUUAAAAUGAGAGCUUUGUACAAAUAUUGAAACACAUGAGAUCUAAUGAUUUAGAACUAAUUAAUCUUUUGAAUUGAGCAUAUUGUCGAAAGGGAUUUUUGAAGGGCAAUACCAUUGUUCCAUGAUGAAACUUUCCUUCUUUGCCUUCUGGGCACCAUCUUUAAUUUCCAUGUCUUCAAGUCUUGAAGAAGUUGAUGUUAAUGAAAGUAUUCACUUGUCUGGUUGAAAUAAAGCCUGUUUCUGUUGUGA